AUGGCUAAUAUCCUGCUUGACUUUCUGGGUAUUUCUAACUUUGCCUUCCUGUGUGGGAUGGUGCUUCUCCUUCUAUCUGUCUGCUACUUAGAGACUCUAUAUUUCCCAACAUUUUGGAAACAGAGAAACAGUAAACAGGGGAAGAGAGCCAAAAGAAGGAAGAAUGGGAUUCGGAAAGGUCAAAGAGCUUGCCAGAGUGAAGUAGAGGAGGCAAGGAAGCUACUUUCUUUGCUGCAGAGCCCACCAGGUCAGCAUAGUGACACCAACUGCUUCCGCCAACUGUUAUGUCCUGACCCCCUCUGUGAGGUGUGUAAUAGAGCCACUGCUGAGGUCAAGCGACUGCUUUUCCAGGAGUCUCCAGAAGAUGCUGUUCCCUCAGUGUCCCCUUUGACUUCCACAGCAACUGAAGAGCCUUCUCCACCUUCUGCUUCCAUUCUUUCACCUGACCUGACCGCCCCCUUACCUGAUUUACCUUUGCCCUCACCACUGGAUGACUCUCUGCCACCACAGCCUGUUCCUCCCUUGGAUUCCAAAGUUUCACUGGACCAUUCCCCACCCCAGCUGCUUGCCUUUACCCCUCUCCCACCACCUCACAUUCAGGGAGCAGAUCCUGUUUUCCAAGCAGAGGCUACUUUGUUUGUAAAGACCAUCUACAGAUUUGACCCUAUUCUUUCCCAAGAUACUGACCCUUUACCAAAUGUCUCCCAGGAACCAGAUCCCACUGAUUCACAUGCUCAGCAUCACAAAUCCCAAACCCUGUUUGCUUCACCACUGCCAGACUGCACUUUAAUUGAGACUCUAUGUAAAUCAAUCUCCACCUUAGUGAAGCCUGUUCUGGAGAUAACCUCUCCAGAAAGUUCUGAUGGGUUGUCUACCUAUGUUCCAAAAGUCAGAGGAAAUGACCAUUCAAUUUCAGAAUUCUCCCAGUGUCAGGCUCAUGCUAUAAACAUGUUCCUCCCUACAUCACCACACCCUGAUUUUCAGCAAGAGCAUGUUUCUUUCUAUCUACCAGAGACCUCUCCUACCAAGCACAUGGAGGCCAGUAGUCUUUCCUUCCUUGGCUUUAAUAUACAGGAACUCUUGGAGAGACAAAUAAAAAAGAGAAUGGCUUUCCAGGUUUUGGAGAAGAAAUACAAGGAGAAGGGACCAUUUUCAAAACAAAUGUGGUCAGAAUACCAACCAACAUCUUCAGGGAAUUCACUGCAGGCACUUGUUGAUGAGCAGAAUAUGAUAGCCCCCCAAACUGGCUGGAACAUUAAAGACACACCAGACAAUCUGCACAUUUGUCAGCCACUCCUAUAUGUCAAGACUUUGGGAGGAAACUUUCAGCAGAAAUAUAACCAAUUCUUCUGGGGUCUUCCCUCUUUGCACAGUGAGUCCCUAGUGGCUCCUCUCCUGGUCUCCAGGAGCAAUUCCCCACUAGACUCUUGCAUUAUAUCAUUCAAUGAAAGCUGUAAUUCUCCUGCAGUUCAAAUGCAAGAUCAAGAAUCUCCGUCAUUUCCUCAAUCCCAUCCUCCUCCCCCCACUCAUGUACAUCCCUACCCCUUUUCUCAAACCAGUCCUCAACCCCACGUUCUACCUCUUACACAGGUCCAUUCCCAGGCCCACCUUCAAUCUUCACUUCCUAUGCCACCAUCAUCCUUUCUACCCCAGAUUAAGGACUGUGGAGUAUGUUUCCAUAGACUCCAGAAUGAGGCUGGCUCUCACAUCUCAAAUGAAAAUCAACAUCUGGAAUGGCAUGUGUUGCAGAAGCAACAGGAAGGUUUAUGGGGUGUAGUCCCUGUGCUCCAAAAAUCUCAAGCUGUUUUCUUUCCAGCUCCCAACCUUCCAUCGGUCAACCAGUCCUCCCACACCUCUGGUCCAGGCUCCACCUGUCCUGGCCAUUUUAAUGUCUACAGUGAAACCCAAGAGGAGCUUGAAUUCCAUGUUCCAAAGAGGCUAAUGUCAUCCUGGUGCCGCCAUACCUGCAAGAAUCGGGGAUCUCUAGCACUGAUGGAGCCUCAGUGCAAAUCAACAGAAAUAUCUCAGCAGAAUUAUAGUCAUACUAACUCAGAGUCCUCUGAGCUUCAUGGCCAUGGUAGCAAGGAUGUAGGUAAGACAGAAUUGAGUUGCUUAGGAAGUUUCCAUGAGGGGGUCUCAACAAAGUUUCACCUGAGGAAAGAGGUACCCAAUAAUCUGGGACACAUCAUGGGGAAGUGGCCAUUAGAUAAAACACUAGAAAUUUCAAAAUGUAUCCUAAUGAGGGAACCGAGGGCUGCCUCUGAGGCACAAAGUGACUUGGUAUGCUGCUCAAGAAACAACUCAGGGGAGGAACUGCUAAGUGUAUCAAGGAGCAACUUAGACCAGAAUCAAAGAAAAUCCAUUCUUAGAUUACAUCUGACCAGGAAGUCUUGGCAGAUCACUGCAGAUAGGAUCCCUAUAGAUGUGUGUCGUUCAUGGCUGGCUGACAACAAUGUACUGUGUCUUCCUGGGAGUUCUCAUCAUAAAAUGGAAAGAAAUUUAGCAUCAUUGGCAAGUAGGGCCUACUGCAAGAUUAGCACGCUAGGGCUUUCCUUUCUUGAUCCCAAAACCUAUCAUGGGCUAGAAGCCCAUAUUAUGAGGUUUAGGUUAAGUCAGACAUGGGGCCUACCCCUUAGGGUUCUUGAAUCCAUCAAAUUCUAUGCCUUGAGAGAAGCCAAAACAUGGCCUCUUCCCCAAUUUGACUUUUUUUCAUCUGGCACCUAUUUUUCUAGGUUGGUUUCUAAGUCCUUUAAGGAAACCUCAAAAACUUUUCAGGGAAACAAGUUAAGAAUGAGUUCAGUUCCCAUCCUGAAUUAUUUCCUCCCUGAAACCUCACCUAUAGGUAAGGAAGAACGGGGGUUCCUGAGACAAUCACCCUCUGAAGCUGACCAUGAGCAUGAAGAGAAUGCCCAGACAACUGAACAUGGCAGACAGACACUUCUGCCCUGCACACACAGCAGCACAGACAAUGCAAGACAGAAACAGACUAUACUAGCCAAGAGACACAGCCCAAAGCUGCCUAUGGGACAAAAUGGAGCUAGACAAGCAUCAGGGAGUGAAAGAGUAAGUUUCAGUGAUAGCGUAGAAAGGCUUCAGGAUGAAAGUAUGGUGAAGAAGGAUUCAAAACAUUUUUUUGUGUCCAAUGUGUUGCGGGAGAUAUUCAAGGCUGAUGAACUCUGCUUUCUUCAAUCACAAUCUACUGAUACCUCAACAACCACAACCAGUGAGUUGGGAAGUUCCUCAAUGAUAAAUGUGAAUAAAAGUGAAGACAAAAUUACUGUGACUACCACAUACUCUCCAUCAAAAAUAUCGAUUCCUGAAGAUUCUACAUCAUUAGACCUUGAAAGACAGCUGGUUAGUGAGAUAAAGUUUCCAUUGAAGAGUGAGGAGCAUAGCCAGACUGAAGAUGGUGCCAGUGGCACUUUCUAUAGUUCAGAUUGCUUGGCUUCUGAAUCUUCACUGCCUUGUUCCAAGGAUGUCUCCAGCAGGAGCCUGGCAACUGCUCAGGUGCUGCGUCUCCACAUGAACAAUGGAGAAGUCAUCAUGGAACAGAGAGAGGAGCCCCUGGACCCUAAGGAUGUCUUAGAGGAGUGCCAGGAUAUGGAUUUUCCAUCAUUCAAGAGGGUAGUGAUCCCUUUGGGACUGAAAGCAGGAGAAAGUGGAAAUGAGGACCCAAGAUUACAAACAUACAAAGCCAAAAGAAAGUGCCAUUUUGUCAAAGAUAAGAGGACAUUAGAAGGGGCUUCUAAUAUUGUGGGCCAAGACAAACCAUGUCCUCCUGAAAGUUACUUUAGAAAAAAGAUAAGGGAGUUUUUUCAGUGGUUCAAGUCCAAGAUAAAAGGCACCUGGCUGCAAAGUCCCCACAAAAAAGUCAAGUUCAUGCAUGACUUUUUCCAGGACCAAGACCCCGUUGAAGAUAGACAUGUCUUUAUUGUGAGUGAUGGGCCUCUUGAAGCUUUUGAGCUCAUGAGGGUCCUUGGGAAUAUCCUGGAGGAAAAACUGGGAUGUAGGCAGGAAUCUGAGGCCUUGCAAUUAAAUCAGAAGAAGAAAGAACUGUGGUCCCUAGUAGAGCCCCACAAAGGAAAAUGCUCCUACUAUGCGGUUCCCUUUGGCCCAGAGCAAGGGGAAGGAUCAGUUACCAAGUACUACAACCAAGAAGCUGUCUUUGCUGGCCCAAGUUGUCUUACAAGUUUUAAAUGA